AGAGCGCUGGGAGCCGGAGGGGAGCGCAGCGAGUCCUGGCCUGGGGUCGUGCAGUCCAAGGGGCUGGAUGGCAUGCUGGACCCAAGCUCAGCUCAGCGUCUGGGCCCAAUAACGGCUUUUCCAAGGGAGCAGCUUUCUGUCCUGGCCACACUAAGGUGCAUAGCGUAAUGUCCAUGUUGUUCUACACUCUGAUCACAGCUCUUUUGAUCGGCAUACAGGCAGCACCGCACACCGAGAGCAAUGUCCCAGCUGGACACGCCAUCCCUCAAGCCCACUGGAUUAAACUUCAGCAUUCCCUUGACACAGUCCUCCGCAGAGCCCACAGCGCCCCGGCUGGGCCGAUAGCCGCCAGGGUGGCAGGGCAGACCCACAACAUCACUGUGGACCCCAAACUUUUUAAAAAGCGGCGACUGCGUUCACCUCGCGUGCUGUUCAGCACCCAACCCCCACCUGUGGCCGCGGACACUCAGGAUCUGGACUUCGAGGCGGGCGGGGCCGCCUCCUUCAACAGGACUCACAGGAGCAAGCGGUCGUCAUCCCACCCCGUCUUUCACCGGGGGGAGUUCUCGGUGUGCGACAGCGUCAGCGUGUGGGUGGGGGACAAGACAACCGCCACGGACAUCAAGGGCAAGGAGGUGAUGGUGCUGGGAGAGGUGAACAUCAACAACAGUGUAUUCAAACAGUACUUUUUUGAGACCAAGUGCCGGGACCCCAACCCCGUGGACAGCGGGUGCCGAGGCAUCGACGCGAAGCACUGGAACUCGUAUUGUACCACGACCCACACCUUUGUCAAGGCGCUGACCAUGGACGGCAAGCAGGCCGCCUGGCGGUUCAUCCGGAUCGACACGGCCUGCGUGUGUGUGCUCAGCAGGAAGACUGGGCGGAGAGCCUGACCUGCAGCAGCCCCCAACCCUUCCCUGCUCCCCUCUACACUCUCCUGCGCCCCUCCCUACCUCAACCUGUAAAUUAUUUUAAAUUAUAAGGA